AUGACUGUCCGCAGAUCCCAACUUCAAGGAUCUGAGAAGGCCUUGUGUCCUUUUCCUGUGCCUCGAGAUGGAAUCUUUUCUUCCCACAAGAAGGUUGGCUCUAGGCAACGACGAAAGAUUGCUUUUGAUCGUGGUUUUCAUGUGGUCAUCAUGGCGUUGAACUUCUGGCAUGCUGAUUGCAAUUUUGUUCCUUCUCAAGAACUGGCAAAGAUCCCUUCCCCUGCGCAGACUAGAUGUUUGGUCAACAUGAGGAAGUUGCUGAAGGCCUAUGGUAGCUGUGAGGAUGAGGUUUCAGUCCCCAGUAGCGGCCGGAGAUCCACAACCCUGACAUCCCAACUUGCUGACCUUUGCGAGUUUUUGACAUGGCAAGGUGCAUCAGGUGAUUCCUAUAGGUUCUGGGCACUGGGAUCCUUCACCGUGCUUGCGGCUUCUGUGGCAUCGACUGCCGGGGGACAGACACGCAUCUGUCACGAUUUGAAGAAAGCUCGGACAUGUCAGCUCUGCAACUGCUCCUCAUCUGACGAAAGCCCCCUAGACUAUGUGGGGGAGGAGAUCUUCCCCGAGGCCUCUGGCCGGGUGCCUUGGAGAAGCUACGAUAAAGCAAAAGCGCAAGAUGGGGGGAGUCAUAUUCAGCUGUGCUUUCUCUUGCAAAACUUUGGGAUGCAUCAUUCCUGGGGCUUCCCGUGCCCUUCCUACAGCUUGGCUUUGGGAGCCUUGGAGAUCAAGCCUUCAUUCGAGAGGUUUUCAGUUUGCAUCUCAGACUGGAAGGAUUUCUACCACCAAUUCGAAUCUACGCCCCAGAGAACCAAAACCAACAUGUGUUUUCCUCCUCUCUUGGCUUCAGAUUUGGAGGGCACUUCAGCGCUUGCUUCAUGGACUUUCUCAAGAAGCAAGAAAGGUAGACCGAAGUACGACAGGCUGAAGCAUGGUGAUUUUUUGGAUAGAUUUGGCCUUCUUUGCGGAAAGGAAGACUCUUCCCAAGAUCUUUUCCUUCGUGCCUGUUUUGCUAGCCUUCCACAAGGAGAUGCCCUUGGAGUUGAAUUUGCUGUGGAUAGCCAUCAAGCGCUCAUCCAAUCCCACGACAUUAUCAACGAUCAUACAGAGCUGCGUGCAGACAGAGUUUUUCGAGGUUUGCGCGAUGCUGUUGGUCUGGUCAUUGAUGAUUUCUAUGCAGUCCCAGUUGUUUCGACAGAAGCCACUGCCGGUGUGGAGAAGUCCUGGGCGACCCAGAAAAUGGAGAAGGCACAGCAGGUUUACAAAGCUGAGGGCCUCUUAGGUCCUGAGGAGAAGGAUGUCUACGAUGCUGCGUUUGCCAAGGUGACUGGGGCUGAGUUGAACUCUUCAGAUGCAGUUAGGGCGCUUGGUCUUGCUACUCUUGGAUCCCCCUGGAAGAAGAGAUUGUCUUUGUCUUUCUUGUCUCUUACGCUUGCUCAGCUGGGCUGGACCACUGGCAGUCUUCAUCUUUGUCUCCUUGGAGGGUGGGUUCAUAGCUUGCUUAAUCGGCGUCCUAUGAUGAGCAUUCUUUCAGAAAGCUUCCAUUUGGUUGCUUCGUCUGAUGUCAAUCAAGACAAACCAAAGGUCACAAAGCUGCCGCGGAAGGUUGCCCUGGAGUUGGUGCUUUUCGCUGUUUUGUCUCCCUUGAUGGUUUCAGAUCUUUCAGCAGAGCUGUCAUCAACGGUAUACGCUACAGAUGCCUCUGAUGCCGGGGGCUCUUAUGUGUGCACUCAUGUUUGGCAAGAUGUGGCUCGUGCGUUAUGGAGAACUGGGCGGAAGCGGGGGGGCUAUGUCAGGAUGCAGACCAGAGAAGAGGGUAUGAUGAGAAAGCUGGAUUUCAUGGAUGAGCAUGCGGAGGAGGAAGGAAGCACUUGCUAG